UCCACCUUCUAGAACAAAUCUAAGACUUCCGGUGUAUGUGCAAAAAGGCGGAACAACUAGCGGCUUUAUCGAGGAAGCAAAGAACCAUUGCGUUAACCAAUAUGGAAACAGUCUGCUCUACUUAACUCAGUCUACAGCCACGAUGUCGAAACGGCCAUCCUAUGCCCCUCCUCCUCCCCCUGCACCAACAACACAAAUGCCUUCAACCCCAGGGUUUGUGGGCUACAACCCUUACAGCCAUCUGGCCUACAACAACCUCCGGCUGGGAGGGAGCUCCGGAGGCUCCAGCAGGAACUCCUCAGGCAUUACUGUCCCAAAGCCUCCCAAACCUCCAGACAAGCCACUGAUGCCUUACAUGCGGUACAGCCGGAAGGUAAGCAGGAAGGUAUGGGACCAAGUGAAGGCAUCCAACCCAGACCUGAAGCUGUGGGAGAUUGGGAAGAUUAUUGGAGGGAUGUGGAGAGACCUGACUGAUGAGGAGAAACAGGACUACCUGAAUGAGUACGAAGCUGAGAAGAUUGAGUAUAAUGAUUCCUUGAAGGCCUACCACAACUCGCCAGCUUACUUGGCCUAUGUCAAUGCUAAGAACCGGGCUGAGGCUGCAAUGGAGGAGGAGAGUAGACAGAGGCAGAGUCGUAUGGACAAAGGAGAGCCUUACAUGAGCAUUCAGCCCGCUGAAGACCCCGAUGACUACGAUGAUGGUUUUUCAGUGAAGCACACAGCAGCCGCUCGCUUCCAGAGAAACCACCGUCUCAUCAGUGACAUCCUCAGUGAGAUUGUGGUGCCAGACGUCCGCUCAGUGGUCACCACAGCCCGCAUGCAGGUCCUUAAGAGGCAGGUCCAGUCUCUUAUGGUGCACCAGAGGAAACUGGAGGCAGAACUUUUGCAGAUUGAGGAUCGCCACCAAGACAAGAAAAGACGCUUCCUGGAGACCACUGACUCAUUCAACACAGAACUUAAACGGCUGUGCAGUCAGAAGGUUGAGGUGGACAUGGAGAAGCUAGCAGCGGAGAUGGCUGCUGCUGAAGAGGCGGCCAGGCGCAGGGCAGAGGAGAGGGAGCGUGAGGCAGCAGAGCAGGCAGAGAAAGCUGCUCAACAGGCACAGCAGCAGCAACAACAAGAGGCUGCUGGAAACAAAGCUGCAGAGCAUAGCAGUGCCAAUGCUAGCAGCACAGCUAACCCCACCUCAGGGACUAAGGAGGAGGAUAAGCCUACACCAAUGGAGACAGAUGAGGUGACACCAGAGCCCUCCUCGGACCCCCAGCCUGCUCCACCUCCUUCAUCUGACCCCCCGUCCUCUGCCUCUGAUAAAGCAACUGCUCCCCCUGAGCCCCCCAGGGAGAGUAGCACUCCUAGCAGUAGUGCCCCCAGUGAUGACAGCACCAGCAGCAACAACAGCAUGCUCCCUCCUCCCUCAGACAGCACCUCCGGAGCAGCAGCCCCUGACCCACCAGUGGCUCAGGAAGCCAACUCCACUGCUGCUAACCCUAAUGUGGCUGCAGCACCACUCCCUACCCCUGCCUCAGAAGAACCAGCCGCUCCACCACUACUGCCACCGAGUCAGAGCAGCCAACAGUAUGAUAUGUAAUAGUCUGAUUGUAAGAUACACAGUGGUAACAUUAGAGGUCCUCCUUGUGCUGCAGCUCUCGUUAAUUCCUCUUCUGGAUGGAGCAGCAGCACUGUAGUUGUGCAGCAGGUGUGGAAGAGGUGAGACUUGUAUAGUGGCUCUGUCAUAAAAAAAAUGUUGUGAAUGAGCAGUACUGAAUGGUUGAGGGUCUCACAGUUGUAUUUCAUGCAAGAGUGACAAAGGCUUUUCAUCAUCCAGCCUCAUGUACCUGGGCCAAACAUCCCCAUGUUGGGGGAAUUUAAUGUUCACUUAAAUCUGCAUUUUUUUUUUUUUAAAUGUAGUCAGCAGACAUGGUUUGAUGAUUUGACUGAAUGAAAUGAAAUAUCAUCAAAUAGUACAAAAAUUGGCUUGACCAAGUUUGUGCUCCAGUUGUCUACAAGCCAUUCCUCUUUCCUUAUGUCAUUUGAUGGAUUUUUUUAAAGAAUAAAAUAAAAUAAUAACAUUCAAGUAGGAUAGGCAGGAGGUGGAGGAGUGUAUUAUUGCCCAGCAUCUAUCUGCAAAUAACUUUUCAGUUGGCAAAGACAAGCAGCAAAUUGUCACAUUGAAGAGGCUGGAACAACAGCAUGUUUGACAUUUUCAUUUGGAAAUUUGAACAACUAGCAAUCAAAAGAGGUAGCAAUAUUGUUUUUCUGUUCAACUUGUAAAAUGUCAUUGAAGCUACAAUUCUACAUCACCAUGCUACUGUGUGAAGGCACUCUUUAACAGCUGCAACAUGUUACAUAACAUUUGUCUAUGACGCCAAGAGAAAGGGGUGUCAGGAUUUGCUUGUAGGCAAAAGGCAUACCGAUGCCUGGUUUUUCAUCUGUAUUCAUAGUUUAAAUGUAAUCCUCCCAUCACUCCACUGUGUAGACUUUGUACUGUCGAAUAUUGCUAAAAUGUUUGAUAUAAACAUGCUCUUAUAUCGCUCCGUCUAUAAACCUUUAAAUCAGCCCUCAUAGUUUUCUUAAAAGACUGCAGCUGCAAACUUUGAGGGUUAAAUGACAACAUUCACUUUCAGUCUGAAUUGUGUGAAGCUCAGAGUAUGUUCCAGUGAUAAAGAGCAACCUUGCAUGAAAGGACCUAACACACCCACCCACCCCUGUUUUAAAACCUCAGAAUUUUGUAUUUUAUCAGAUGGUGUGAUUUGGAAAACUACUACUGUUAUUGCUUCUUUGUGUUUUUAGAGAUCUAGUAGAACCUUUUAGAUUAAUAUACUCGGAAUUCAGCCUUGAUAUUUAACCUGUACUCUUGAAUCAGAUUUUUACUGCGGAUGAGGGACAAUUGGGGUUGUUUCCAGUUCUGAAGUUAGUAGAGGAAUGGAGGAAGGCAUUUAGUUACUGGUGCACUUACAUUCUGCAUGCUCUGUUAAAAACAAACCAUAAUACUGCAAGCAUCUGAACAUUUACUAAAGUCAAAGAAUUGAAAAUUGUUGUUUUAAAUCAAGAGUGUAGGACAAAACACAUGAAGUGCACAAGUGAUGGCCACAUCUCCAAGGUGCUUUUAUAAAAUCUUUGGAUGAGUAUUAACAAUUGACAUGAAUGUUUGUUCCCCUGUAUUUAUCACAUUUAUGUAGAAAGGACUGACACACACUUACUUAGCAUUUACUCUGUAAGAGCUUCUUUACGAGGUGAGGCUGUUUUUUAGAGACUUUCAGCUUUAGACUGCAUAUUCCUGUUAACAUCACAAGCAGAGAAAUGCACAUGCUACCUUCAUCCAAAUGUAACCUCAGUCAUUUUUGCAUUUAAAGGACUGUUUUCUUACUUGACUUGGACUGUUUAUAGUAAUCUUCCUGUUUUUUGCAUCUUUCUUUUUUACUGUCUGAAUUUGUCUAUUCAAAUAAAGAUGAUUUCUCAGUC